AGGCAGAGCGUGACCCGCGCGUGUGUGGACGGGUCCGCGCUGGUGAUGUGCCGUUAGAUGUGACAAGCUAGGAGCGGACGAAACAUCUCGGGACGGACGCGUCUGCGCAUCGGUAUCCGCUGCUGCUGCUGCCGCCGGCGGCGGGGACACACGGAGGAGACAUGGGGUCCCGCAUCAAGGAGAGCCCCGAGUCGACCUUCGAAGUGUACCUGGAGGUCGCCCAUCCAGGCACGCAAGGCUCAGGGCCUGAAGUGCAACGGCAGUUCCCUGAGGUCUACGCAGACCAGGAAACUCUCCAGACUGUUCCCAAGUUCUGCUUCCCCUUCAGCAUGAACAGCAGCCCAACAGUCAACCAGGUUGGACAGAACUUCACAUUUGUGUUGACUGACAUUGAAAGCAAACAGAGAUUUGGAUUCUGUCGACUGUCCUCAGGUGCACACACAUGCUACUGCAUUCUCAGCUACUUGCCCUGGUUUGAAGUCUUCUACAAGCUACUUAAUAUCCUGGCAGAUUACACUAUCAAAGGCCAGGAAAGCCAAUGGCAAGAGCUCCUGGUGUCACUACAUGUGCUCCCCAUACCUGAGCCAGGGGUCCCUGUUCAUCUGGGUGUGCAUUCCUUCUUCACUGUGCCUGACACGAGGGAACUCCCCAGCAUACCCGAGAACAGAAACCUUACUGAGUACUUUGUAGCAGUAGAUGUCAAUAACAUGCUUCAUCUGUAUGCUAGUAUGCUUUACGAACGCCGAGUCCUCAUCUGCUGUAGCAAACUAAGCACUUUAACAGCGUGUGUCCAUGGGUCUGCGGCCAUGCUAUAUCCAAUGCACUGGCAACACGUUUACAUACCUGUUCUGCCUCAACAUCUCCUCGACUACUGCUGUGCCCCAAUGCCCUACCUCAUCGGAGUACAUUCCAGCCUGAUGGAGAAAGUUCGAGGGUUGGCUCUGGAUGACGUGGUGGUCCUGAAUGUUGACACAAACACCCUGGACUCCCCCUAUAAUGACCUGGAGAAUCUGCCCAAUGAUGUGGUUUCAUCUUUAAAGAGUCGUUUGAAGAAGGUUUCAACAACAACGGGGGACGGUGUGGCUCGAGCCUUCCUCAAAAGUCAGGCGGCGCUGUUCGGCAGCUACAGGAACGCUCUGCAGAUUGACUUGGGAGAGCCAAUAACAUUUAAUGAAGAAACCUUUGUGAAUCAUCGUUCCAGUGCCAUGAGACAGUUCCUUCAGAAUGCAAUUCAACUGCAGCUCUUCAAACAGUUCAUUGAUGGUCGUCUGGACCUGUUGAACUCAGGAGAAGGUUUCAGUGACAUCUUUGAGGAGGAGAUCAACAUGGGCGAAUACGCAGGCAGUGACAAGACUUACCACCAGUGGCUGUUCACUGUAAAGAGAGGGGGUGGGGCAAUUUUCAACACAGUGAAGACAAAGGCGAACCCAGCCAUGAAGACUGCGUACAAGUUUGCUAAGGACCAUGCAAAAAUGCGUAUAAAGGAAGUGAAGAGCCGACUAAAGCAGAAGGAGCAGGCAGAAAAUGGCUUCUCUACAGGAGGGCCAGCGGUCAUCAGUGAUGACAGCACAGCAGUUGUUACCUCCUCCACCAGUGCAGUCACGAGGGAGGGGCCACUGGGAACCUGGGAAGACCACAGGCCAAUCACCAUGCACUUUGGACAGGUACGGCCACCGAUGUUGUUGAAGAGACCAAACAGCAAUGCGAGCUUGGAAACCAGUGUUGACCACUCUGUCCGUCCUACCCGUCACUACACCGUCUUUCUCUCUGAAGAUUCUUCCGGAGACGAGCUCCAGUACGACAGUGACUCCGUCUCUGGGUGUCCCGACAGCUUUCUCUUCUCCGUCCCUUUCGAGUGGACGCCGCUGCCACAGCCGUACCACUCCCUGAAGGAGGCCGAGUUGAUGGAAGGGGAUGAUCCUAAUGUUGGGACAGAGAGCCACACUGCCCCUCCCAGCCCCGUCAACGAGAAGUUCUCCAACGUCAACUUGCUCGGUGACAUCUUCGGCUGCCAGGACGAGCCCGACAGCCAACCAAUGACCUUGGCUAAAAGCCUCGAGGACCUGAGGACUACCAGAGACCCUGGGGAGCUACAAGCCAAGUUUACCUACCAGCGGAUGGACCUGAGUGUUGGUGAUCACUCCAGAACUUUUCCAGGACUCAAACUCUCCAACCCUUAUAAUAAGCUGUGGAGUAAAGGGCAGGAUGAAACAGCCGUGCCCGUCUGUGCGCCUCCUACCUGUGACAUGUGUCCAUCUGUACAACUUCCGGCGCAGACAGAAGCCCACUCCCCAAACCCUGAAUGCUCUGGCCUGGGUCUGGACCCUUUGGAGCUCUCCACCCCCGGCUACAUCACCAUUCCACGUCCCCACGGAAGAAAGACGCCUGAGCUUGGUUCUGUCCUCGCGCCCCCGGUGGCUCAGUCCCGCUCUAAAGCUGCGGUGACUGGUGAGGGAAGGACUACAUCAGGGGGUCAAGAGUUCAGGCAAGCAUUGAGCAUGACCGCAGAUGGAGAGCUGCUGAAGCCCACCAAGGUAGCUGAGGACAUUACAGACCUUCUAAGCCUUCUUGACCCCCUGAACAGCUCAGCACAGACCAGUUCCACUUCACUAAAUGAUGGGGUGGAUAUUGGCAUGUUGCCAUCGUCCUGCAAACCAACCCCACCACACAGGUCCUACCCACAGGGCCUGCCUCCUUUCCCAGUGCAUCCUCACAUGUCACUUAACCCUUUCGCCAAAUCUCUGCAACACACAUCCCCUCAGAUGCACUACUCACUGACUGUGAGGGGGAAUCCCUUCAGUGCCGUCUGUGCGCCCCCACCAGGCUCCUUCCUACACACCGCCCACCAGCCACAGUCCUUCCCCGCACUGCCGGGCCUCUACAGACAGCAUUCGCCAGGAGCUUCAACUCUGCCACGCAGCUUCGGACUGCUCCAGUCAGCCUUCCCUUCCCCGGACACCUCCCUGCCUCACUCCUCCGCCAGCAAUCACGCCCUUUCGAGCCUCGCAGACUCCAUGUCUUGUCCCGGCUCAGCUGUGAACAUGCUGGCGAAGCCGCUGUGUGCAGAGGGAGACGCUCAGAAGACUCUGGACCCUUUCGGGGACCUGCUGACUAUGGCGAAGCCAGCGACACCUCAGAAAAAGAAGGUGGAGGACCUUCGGCGGAGGUGGGAAACGUUUGACUAAAACCUUUUCAUUCGGUGUUGAGGUGUCCUCUCUGUCACUACGUCACCUCCCUCACAUUUUAUCAGGACCUUCUUUUGCAGUUACUGACAUGUUGGCUAUAAAACACUCUGCUUACUCAUCAUAAUAGAUCCAUCAUAGUUAAACCUGACAUGAAACACUGCUCAGGAAUACAACUCCUAAUGCUCUGUUCUAAUAUGAAUGUUUUUUGUAUGCAUUCUGAAUGAAAACUAGUAGAUGAGAAUAUUCGCCGAUCAGCCACAACAAUAUGGCCGCCUGCCUAAUAUUGUGUAGGGCUGUUACCAUCGCGGCAUAGACCCCUCAUGACCCCUGAAGGUGGUGCUCUGUUAUCUGGCACCAACACGUUAGCAGCAGGUCCUGAGGUGGGGUCUCCAUGGAUCGGACUGGUUCGUCCAGCACGUCCCACAGAUGCUCGGUUGGCUUGAAAUCCGGGGGAUUUAGAUGCCAAGUCGACACGUUGGACAUGUUUGCUCAAACCGUUCCGGUAGGGAGGCAACUAAUGCUUUUUUCAUCAUCGAUUAAUCUGUCGAUUAUUUUCUAGAUUAAUCCAUUAGUCGUUUGGUCCAUAACAUGAUGAAAAUGUCGAUCGUGUUUCCCAAAACUCCAAGGUGAUGUUUUGUUUUGUCCACACACCAAAGAUAUUUAGUUUACUGUCACAGAGGAGCAAAGAAACCAGAACAUAUUCACAUUUCAAGAAGCUGAAAUCCCUGAAAAGUACUUGAACCUUUAAUCGAUUAUCAAAAAAGUUGCUGAUUAAUUUAGUGAUCAAUGACUAAUCGAUUAACUGUUUCAGCUCUACAUUCCGGUCUGCGGCUGCCUGACACAUCCCCCCCACCGGUCAGUGAUCACAGUGUUGUGGCUGAUUUCAGGUUGUCACUUGAAUAAUCAGAAAACAUUUGGUCAUGGAUUGGUGAAUGUCAGAGAUUGUAAAUACAAGAUUUAUUAUCAUCAAUAGCUGAAAUGAGUUAGGAAACAUGAACCGAUGAACUCAAGCUCACGUCAAAGGUUGUGGUUGUGUGUGUGUGUGUGUGGGUGUGGGUGGGUGGG